CUUGGGUGGCACUGGGUGGUGCCGAGGGUUUUCUGGGUGCGCACCGGUGGAGGGAGCCCCAGCUAGAACAGCCAGAGUGUGACCAAUGAGCACCCCAGAGGGGCAAGACAGUCAUUUCCUCCCAGCUGCCUGCAUCUCUUCUUGAGGCUUUUAAAAGCACGGCCCAGACGACAGAAGGGACCUUCAGGCAUCCGUCUUGGUCACUACAGAACCCGGGAGGAGCCAGGACAUGGAACCCACAAACAAAAGCGCCAAUGACUACAGCAAUUAUGAUAACUACCCUGAUGAGACCAUAAACCUUGACCUGCCUGUGGAUGGUGGUCCCGCUCAGCUGUGGCAUCCUGAGGAUAUUGUAGCCCUGAUCAUCUACUCGGCUGUGUUCCUGGUGGGAGUUCCCGGGAACACCCUGGUGGUGUGGGUGACCGCAUUCGAGGUCAGACGUACCAUCAACGCCAUCUGGUUUCUGAAUCUGGCGGUGGCCGACCUCCUCUCCUGCGCGGCCCUGCCUGUCCUGUUCGUGGCCCUUAUAAAGAGUGACAACUGGCCCUUCAGCCCCAAGACCUGUAUAGUCCUACCCUCACUCAUCCUGCUCAACAUGUACGCCAGCAUCCUGCUGCUGGCCACCAUUAGCGCCGACCGUUUCCUGCUGGUAUUCAACCCCAUUUGGUGUCAGAAGGUCCGAGGGACCAGCCUGGCGUGGAUGGCCUGUGGAGUGGCCUGGGCCUUAGCACUGCUUCUCACCAUCCCGUCCUUCCUGUUCCGUGACGUGUACAAAGAACCCUUCUCAGAGAAGUAUGUAUGUGGCACUAACUAUGGGAAGGGUGGUAUCCACAAGGAGAGGGCUGUGACCAUUCUGCGGCUGAUCAUGGGCUUUGUGUUGCCUCUGCUCACGCUCAGUCUCUGCUACACCUUCCUCCUGCUAAGGACCUGGAGUCGCCGGGCCACACGCUCCACCAAGACGCUCAAGGUGGUGGUGUCCGUGGUUACCUGUUUCUUUGUCUUCUGGCUGCCCUACCAGGUCACAGGGACCAUGAUAGGUUGGCUGCCCCGGUCCUCGCCCACCUUCUUGAAGGUGCAGAGGCUGAACUCCUUGUGUGUGUCUCUGGCCUACAUCAACUGCUGUGUGAACCCCAUCAUCUACGUAGUGGCCGGCCAGAGCUUCCAAGGGCGGCUUCGCAGGUCACUCCCCAGCAUCAUCCGGAAUGUGCUCUCAGAGGACUCUGUGGCCAGGGACAGCAAGUCUUUCACUCGCUCCACGGUGGACACCUCAACCCAAAAGAGUCAGGCAGUGUAGAGGACAUACCACCACUGGCCCAGCAGCUCCUUUUCCAGCCCGCCUCCUCCUUGUUUCUUCCUCCUUCUCUUUUCCCUUUUCCUCCUCCUCCUCCUCCUGUCUCUUCCUGAAUCCUGGGAUUAUAUGUUGUAGACUAUCAUUCCGAAGCGUGUGGCUUUUGUUUGUUUAACUCUGUGAAGCUGUGUUACUGUGCCUGUCCAAAACACCUGGUGGUCUAAUAAAGAACUGAAUGGCCAAUAGCGAGGCAGGAGAAGGGAUAGGCGGGGCUGGCAGGCAGAGAGGAUAUACAGAAGGAGAAAUUUGGGAUGCAAAAAGAAGUAUCCAGAGAAGGAGGCGGACUGCAGGGGCCAGCCACCCAGCUACACAGCCAGCCAAGGAGUAAGGGUAAGAUUGACAGAAGUAAGAGAACGGGAAAAGCCGAGAGGCAAAAGGUAGACGGGAUAAUUUAAGUUAAGGAAGAUUGACAAGAAACAAGUCAAGCUAAGGCUGACAUUUAUAAUUAAGAAUAAGCCUCCGUCAUGUGAUUUAUUUGGGCGUUGGGUGGUGAGCUCCCGCCCCCCAAAAAAGAGCAAAAACAAACAACAGCAAUUAUAGGCAUAAAUUCCUUUGAAGAGAAACAUCACAUUAAGAUAUUACUUGGCUUUCGUUUCUAAGAGAGACCUUUGCUGUACUGUCCACUGGCUUGCCUGGGCAGAUGCACAUGUAACAUGAUGACCUCUGGGGGCAGGGUAACCAGAGAACAAGAGAAUUUCGUGUUAUUCAUUAUUCUUAUUCUUAUUCUUUUUUUUUUUAAAUGGCACUGGGAAUGGAAUCCAGGGCUCACAAAUGCCACUCAAGUAAACUACCACUGGGCUGUGUAACCCCAGACUCUAGGCAACCAGGAACCAUCCAACGCCUUCUAUUUCUUUCUUUCUUUCUUUUUUUUUUUUUUUGACACAAGAUCUCAUGUAGCCUCGUUUGACCUUGGCCCGAUCCUCCUGCUUCCAUCCCCCAAGUGUUGUGAUUAUAGGCCUGUGCCACUGGGUCUAACCCGUCCUUCAUUUCUACAAUGUUGUCUCUUCAUGAAUGGUAUUCAGUGGAAUCCAAGCUUUGUAAAAAACAACUGUGCAUGGCUUACAUGAUAAAGAUCUAAAA